AUGGCUGUGGAGAACUGCUCUGUGUCUGCUGACUUCACGUUCCUAGGACUUUCUGGCAGAAGAGACGUGCAGCAGGGGCUCUUCGUGUUCUUCCUGCUAGUUUACGGCAUCACCGUGAUGGCCAACCUAGGGAUGAUCCUGCUGAUCAAGGUGGACCCCAGACUCCACACGCCCAUGUAUUAUUUCCUGAGCAACCUGUCCUUCUGUGACAUCUGCUACUCCUCCAAUGUCUCUCCCAGGAUGCUGGCUGAUUUCCUAUCUGAGCAAAAGAGGAUUCCAUACAAUUUGUGUGCCAUCCAGAUGUUUUUCUUUGGAGCCCUUGCAGACGUGGAAUGUCUCAUGUUGGCUGUCAUGGCUUAUGACCGCUAUGUAGCCAUCUGCAACCCACUUCUGUACACAGUCACCAUGUCCAGGAGAAUCUGUACCCAACUUGUGGCUGUCGCCUACAUUGUAGGCUUGGUGGAUUCGGCAAUCCACACCUGUUUAACAUUUCACUUGUCUUUCUGCCAGUCUAAUAUCAUCAAUCACUUUUUCUGUGACAUCCCACCCUUGCUAGCCCUCUCCUCCUCAGACACAUCCACCAAUGAGAUCAUGAUGUUCACUUUUAUUGGCUGUGUUGUGGGCUGCAGCAUCAUCACCGUCCUCCUCUCCUACGGCUACAUCAUAACCACCAUCCUUAGGAUGAACUCGGCACAGGGGAGGCGCAAGGCCUUCUCUACGUGUGCCUCCCACUUGACGGCGGUGGCCGUGUUCCACGGCACCCUCCUGUUCAUGUACUUCCGACCCAGCUCCAGUUACUCCAUGGACACGGACAAAGUGGCCUCUGUUUUCUACACGGUUGUCAUACCCAUGCUAAACCCGCUGAUCUACAGCCUAAGGAACAAGGAUGUGAAAGGUGCCCUGAAAAAAGCAAUCAGCCCUGAAUUAUGCUCUGGGUGA